CAGAGCUCACACACUAGCACAGGGUGCUGCCAGAAUGACACUGAUACCUGUGCUGGGCAGUAACAUGGAAGCGAAGCCUGUACUUGUGCCACCAGGAACCCUCUGCCAUACAGGAGCUGUAAUAUCCUUAAUGUGUCCUCCAAACAUUUCCCAAGCAUGGUGCCAGAUCUUGAACAUUUCCCAGGAUCCCCUAUCCUAUGUGCCAUUUCCAAGAGACACGAGAGAAUCCUCCAAUGAAACAGAUUUAAGUGUUGCAAAGACUUUAGGAGCCAAAUAUAAUCUGUACAUAGGCCUCAUUUUGGCAGUAAGUUCCAGUCUUUUCAUUGGUUCAAGUUUUAUCAUGAAAAAGAAGGGUCUUUUACGUCUGGCGGAUAAAGGAAGCACCAGAGCUGGGCAAGGUGGAUUCUCAUACCUCAAGGAACGGUUUUGGUGGGCAGGAUUGCUCUCAAUGGGAGCAGGAGAAGCCGCCAACUUUGCUGCCUAUGCAUUUGCUCCAGCGACCCUGGUUACUCCCCUCGGUGCACUGAGUGUACUAGUAUGUGCAAUGCUGUCAUCACAUUUCCUAAAUGAGAAGCUAAACAUGCAUGGGAAACUGGGUUGCCUCCUGUGCAUUUUGGGCUCUACAAUGAUGGUGAUCCACGCACCACAUGAGGAGGAAGUCACCUCUCUGCAUGACAUGGAAAUGAAGUUAAGAGAUCCAGGGUUCGUCACAUUUGCCAGUCUGGUUGUCGUGGUCGUUUUGUUGCUCAUUUUCUUUGUUGCCCCUAGCAAGGGCCAGUCCAACAUUCUGGUCUACAUCUCCAUCUGCUCGGCCAUUGGUUCCUUUUCUGUAUCAUCUGUAAAAGGCCUGGGGAUCGCCAUUCAAGACUUUAUAGAAAGAAAGCCUGUUUACAAAGACCCGCUCUUCUACAUCUUGUUGGUGGUCUUAGUUGUGUCUGUGGGGACGCAAAUCAAUUACCUUAACAAAGCUCUGGAUGUGUUCAAUACCUCCAUCGUGACGCCUAUCUAUUACGUGUUUUUCACCACCAUGGUGGUGACCUGUUCUAUCAUCCUGUUUAAGGAGUGGAAAAGCAUGAAUGCCAGUGAUAUGAUUGGAACCCUGAAUGGAUUCAUAACCAUCAUCAUAGGCAUUUUUCUGCUGCACGCUUUCAAGAACACUAAUAUCACCUGGAGCCAGAUAAGCUCUAGUAUGCAGAAAGAGAAGCUCAAUCAGGCCAAUGGACAGGAGGAUCAGUACAGUUUGCUCGGGAACGCAGACCAUUCUCUAUUGGGGUACGAGGAAGAGAACACUGGUUUCAGCAGAGCAGUUCAGCAUCACUAACACAAGUACAUUGUUCCAAGACGGAACGUAGAAGAUCUGUAUUUAACCUUAUUAAAAAGUGUUGAUAUCAUUGCAUUACUGCAUAUGUAUUGCAGUGUGACACCUGUCAGCUUGCGCCGAAAAUGUUUCUAAGUAAUGUAAAUAGGUAAUACACAGACAAAGAUUUUUUUUAACAUGUGUAAUUUUUUAUUUAGAAUUAUUUUUUUAUUUAAGGAAAAUAUUUCGCAAUAAAUGAGUAGUAAAGGAAAAAUACACCUUAUUUAUAAGCAAAGUUCAUCUUCCUUUUCAUGUUUGGAAAAAACAUUGCUAACAUCACAGCACCCCUACUGAUCAUGAAAUUCUGGUGCUGCUGCUAUUGCAGUGUAAGUGGUGUAAGCAUAGGGUAUUUUAUUUUUUUUUGCCUUAGUCAAUGUGGUUGUUCUUGGCCCAAAGCAAGGUGGCAGUUUGUAUAAGCAGACAUAUAAGUGUCAUUUUGUACAUGCAUGGCAGGGUGCAAAGCCUAUGUUUUUUUGUACUUUGCCCUGCUCCUUGCUGGUGCAUGGAUGUUUAUAUAUUUAUAUUUUUUGUUGUUUUUAAUUCCUGGGGCAGAGUGAGGUGCACUUCAUGUGCCAUAAGCCUCUUUCCUUAAUCAUAAAGAGUGCACCAGUUUUUGCAUUCCCCCACAUGCACGUCUAGGAAACUCACUAUUAGUGCAUGUUUUAUCCUUGCAACAACACAUGCUAUUUAGCCAGAAUUGCCUCACCAGUGCCAUCUUUAUAGAUCCAAUUUUACAAUUUAAAAACUACCCUAAAAUGCCUUGUACUCCUGUGUGAGCAUCCCAGGCACUGGGAACCAACUACCUCUAUAAAAUAUACACAGGACUAAUGCACUUCUCUUAUUGUGUUUUCAAUUUUAUGUUUAGGAUUGGUCAGCAUAUAUUUAGAGUAUGCGAGUAUGCUUUGAAUCAGAAAUAUAUUUAUUGAUAUAGAUGAAAUUAUUGUUUGAGAUUGUGAUGUCUGUUUAACUACUGUGGGUCGGUAAGUAUUGGGAAGCAUCAGAGACAAUGGCCAUGCCCUUGUGCCCAAAAGUUAUAACAUUAGCUAUGGAUGCAACCCAGGUGGAAAUUGGCAAAACAUAUGGUAUUCUAUGUGUGUAUAGGUGCUAUUCACAUAGAUACUUGGGACAGUACACUGUCUUCUAUACUUAGGUCGGUUUAUCGCCCUUUGUUGGACAAGGUACAAAGUGCAGGAUACUGGGGAGAUGCAGGGGAGCCAUGGAAUUAUCACAUGCAUUGAUGUUACUUACGGGGCUCCCUUCGUCUGUUGCGCCUAUACAGUCAACGGACUAAUGAACUGCAUGCUAACACUCUUUGCAGCAAGGGUUGCCCUUAUCUAGGUCCUAAUCAUUAUGCAUAAUCGAUCCCAUUCCUAAACAUUCAUGUAUUAGCCAGUAAGAUCCUCCCAAGAUUCUUGUGUGUUAUAGCAUUACCUAACUGCCUUGCCCGCCAGCACAAAAUAUGGUUGUUCCCCACACACCCCUCCUGUAUAAAAAUAUAUGUGUUGGCACAGUAAUGGCGUGUCCUUGCUAGGUUUCCCUCCCCAGGACUAAGGUCCUGCUCUCCAUAUUGAUUUACCACUGAUACCCUACAAGCAGGUGCAGCCUUGAACGCUGCAGAAUUCUCCAGAAAGAGGAAUACCCGCUUGAUGUUCUUUACUUAGCUAGUAUUUAUGGCAGAGAGCAGUGGUGGAGUAAUGACAUUUCAGGCCCAUAGACUACAUCCAAAAAGAGCCCCCAUUCUAGGCUACUGGAUCCACAGGCAUCCAGGAACAAAAGCCUUGUCUGCCUUCUUCUUCCAACAGGGGCUCCCAACAGGACCCAGCAGCGCAAAUAUAAAUAAAUAUUAAAACAAAAUUAAAUAGAAAUAAUAAUUGAAAAUAAUAAUGAUCACAUUGUACCCUGUGCAGUUAUUAACAUGAAUCCCCUGUCCCAGAUCAGCAUGAGGCCAUGUAGGGAUUUUGUGCAUUUUGCCUGUGCUGGGGGAUAUUCAUGUUAAAAAUACAACUGAAACGCCCAAAAUUGCCUCUAAUCAACCACAUCCACUGCUGUCUACAGGUACCAGGUACCUUUUCAGCUGGGGAAGUUUCUGCUGUAAGUAUUGAAUGUAGACAAGAAUCACAACUGUUUGCAUUAUAAUCAUCAUAUACUGUAAAUAUGUUUAUGAUGUUUGGAUUAUGUACUGUAUGCUGUACAUAUGUUUAUCCUAUAACUUUUAUGGGGCAGUAUAAUAAAAGACGUAAGUGGAAAAGAUAUUGCACAAUGCAUAUGAAUUUUCAGCCACCCAUUCACAAUGUCAUUUGGAUUUUAUUCCAUUUCCCCAUUAGAUUAAACAGUGUAAAUAAUCUUAGCCCAUGUUUUGUUGAAUUUGCAUGUACAGUUCUGUUCUCCUGACAAAACAGAUUAGGAGAGAAUAUAUUUUUGUACUGUGUCCUAUUGCUCUUUAUAAAUGCAUUUUAUACUGUGAAUAGACUGUAGUCAGGCCUUGUUGCUGUUUAUGAAAUAAUGGAUAAAAUUGUAGCCCACUGACCCAUGUGGGUUACAGCACUGUAAAAGUAUCGCAAAAAAAUCGCAAUAAAUAUUAUUUGUAUAAA